GCGCCAGCGCGGAAGCUCCUCUUAGCCGGUGGUGGCGAUGUCUAGCCGGUCUAAGCGGCAGUCCCAUGGUUCCACCCGCGGGAAGCGCGAGUCCGAGUCGCGGGGUGGCUCGGGUCGCAUCAAGAAGGAGCGAGACCGCGAGCGGGAGCCCGAGGCGGCGAGCUCUCGGAGCAGCCCGGUCCGCGUGAAGCGUGAAGCCGAGGCGACUGCGCGAGAAAUCCCGGCGCCCGCGCCCCCGGCCGUGAGGGUGAAGCGGGAACGCGAGGCCGACGAGGACUCGGAGCCCGAGCGGGAGGUGCGAGCAAAGAAUGGCCGAGUGGAUUCUGAGGACCGGAGGAGUCGUCACUGCCCGUACCUGGAUACCAUUAACAGGAGUGUACUGGACUUCGACUUUGAGAAACUCUGCUCUAUCUCCCUCUCGCAUAUCAACGCCUACGCCUGUCUGGUGUGUGGCAAAUACUUUCAAGGCCGGGGAUUAAAGUCUCAUGCCUACAUCCACAGCGUCCAGUUCAGCCACCACGUCUUCCUCAACCUCCACACUCUCAAGUUUUACUGCCUUCCUGACAACUAUGAGAUCAUCGAUUCCUCACUGGAGGAUAUCACGUACGUGUUGAAGCCUACUUUCACAAAGCAGCAGAUUGCAAACUUGGACAAGCAAGCCAAAUUGUCCCGGGCGUAUGAUGGUACCACGUACCUGCCAGGGAUCGUGGGGCUGAACAACAUCAAAGCCAACGACUAUGCAAAUGCAGUGCUGCAGGCUCUGUCUAAUGUUCCUCCUCUUCGGAACUACUUCCUGGAGGAAGACAAUUAUAAGAACAUCAAGCGCCCUCCAGGGGAUAUCAUGUUCUUGUUGGUCCAGCGUUUUGGAGAGCUAAUGAGAAAGCUCUGGAACCCCCGAAACUUCAAGGCACAUGUUUCUCCUCAUGAGAUGCUUCAGGCUGUUGUCCUUUGCAGCAAGAAGACUUUCCAGAUCACCAAACAAGGGGAUGGAGUUGACUUCCUGUCUUGGUUUCUGAAUGCUCUGCACUCAGCUCUGGGUGGCACCAAGAAGAAGAAGAAGACUAUUGUGACUGAUGUUUUCCAGGGGUCAAUGAGAAUCUUCACCAAAAAGCUUCCUCAUCCUGAUCUGCCAGCAGAAGAGAAAGAGCAGCUGCUCCACAAUGAUGAGUACCAGGAGACGAUGGUGGAGUCCACGUUCAUGUACCUGACGCUGGACCUUCCCACAGCCCCGCUCUAUAAGGAUGAGAAGGAACAGCUCAUCAUCCCCCAGGUGCCGCUCUUCAACAUCCUGGCCAAGUUCAACGGCAUCACUGAGAAGGAAUACAAGACUUACAAGGAAAACUUCUUGAAGCGCUUCCAGCUCACCAAGCUGCCUCCAUAUCUAAUCUUUUGCAUCAAGAGAUUUACUAAGAACAACUUCUUCGUGGAGAAGAACCCGACAAUUGUCAACUUCCCUAUCACAAAUGUGGAUCUGAGAGAAUACUUAUCUGAAGAAGUCCAGGCAGUCCACAAGAACACCACUUACGAUCUCAUUGCCAACAUUGUGCAUGAUGGCAAGCCCUCCGAGGGCUCCUAUAGGAUCCACGUGCUUCAUCAUGGAACCGGCAAGUGGUAUGAAUUACAAGACCUCCAGGUGACUGACAUCCUGCCCCAGAUGAUCACCUUGUCCGAGGCCUACAUUCAGAUUUGGAAGAGGCGGGAUAAUGAUGAAACCAACCAGCAGGGGGCUUGAACACCUCGCCUGGGGUUUUGCUCCCAGUGGUGUUGGCUGAAGGUGUUAAAUAAAAACACGGAGGCUGUAGCUGACUGUGGACUGGCUGGAAGACUCCUGCCGCAGCCCCGUUUUACAGGUCUGUCUGUCACCAUCAGAGAGCCGGCCUGCCCGGGUGUCCUGGGCUGUCUCCAGUGGUUCUCUGACUAGCACGUGCAGAUGCUCCUUCCCUUUCAGCAGCAGGGCAGGCAGAACUACAGGUGGAUGCCUGGUUUGAAUUGCUGCAAGGAUAAAGAACAGAUAAUCCCUUGGAGACGUGAAGUCUUGAGAGUUAGGAACAAACAUGAAGCUGACAGCUUCUGUCUGUUUAUCUGUCUAUCGUAGGUAGAUGGUUCUCCUGUAGUUCCCGUCUCUCCCAUGGACUUCUGGAACGGAUUAAAUAUCCUCCUGUUUUUAAA